AUGAAUAAUAAUAAUAUAAUAAUUUUUUUAUUUAUAAUAAUAAAUUUAUUAAAUUUUAUUAGUUGUGAUAUUAAACUUUUUUUUUCUGUAAAUGUUGGAGAUUGGAGUGAUAAUAAUAAUUGGUAUGAUUAUAUUAGUAGUAGCCAAACAACACUUCCAACAUUAAAUGAUGAAACAUACUUAACAUUAGUUUCCAAUCAAAUAGUAACCAACCACUAUCAAAAAGCUAUUGCAUCUAAAAUUUAUGUUGGUGGUUUUAAUUAUUCAACAAACUUUAAUUCCAAAUAUGGUAUUCAAACUGCACUAUUCCAAGUCAAAGACCAAUUUGCCCCUCAAGAAGUAAUAUUUAAUAUUAGUGGCGAUCCAUUAGAAAAUCCAGAUUUCAGAAUCGAUGCUGAAACUUUAAUUUGUGCCGCAGGUUGUACUUUAAGAACAUUGGGUAAACAUUUCUAUGCUCCAAAUGCAAGUGUUAGUAUUUAUGGUGGAGUAGGUUGGGUUAUUCAAGAUACCUUGGUUUCCGGAUUUUAUUUAGACUAUACACUCUCCCUACUUCUCAUGUCAAAUGCUACAAUGUUGGUUGAAAAUGCAUUUAUUGAUCUCUAUUCUCAAUGGGAUGUCAUUUCUCAAAGUACUAUUGUUAUCAAUAACACUCUUAAUAAAUUUGUAGUAAAAGAUGGAUCACUUUUAAAUAUUAAAGAUUCAAAAAUAUCAAUUUACAAUAGUAUGCUCUUGACUGGAAAUAAAACCAAAUUAACUUUUGAAAAUAGUAUUGUUGAUUUUGGAUUGGUUAAAUUAGUUCCAAUUAGUAGAUGGGUUGAUAGUCAAUUGGUCUUUUUAAAUAGUGUAUUUGAUUGUAAACAUCAAAUUAUUGUUAGUGGAAGUUCAUUAACAAGUUUGAUACUUAUCAAAGAAAAUUCAAAUGUAACUUUUAAUGAUGAGGUUGAAUUUGAUGGUGAUUCUUUAUUGGGUCUUUAUAAUUCCAAAUUGACAACAGGUAAAUCAUUGUUAUUUGAUGGUGCAAGUAGUGGUUUAAUUUCAAACUCUGAAAUUAAUAUUAUGAGUCAAUUUGCAACUUUGGGUAAUUCAAUGAUUUAUGUUGAAAAUUCCACCUUUUUAAUCAGUAUUCCAGAAAUUCCAUCCAAUUGGAAUAGAUUCUUUUUUGUUCGUGAUAAUAGUUUAUUACAAUUUAAAAUGGGAAGUGUUGGUAUUUUAGAUGCUCAUUUACUUACAUCUGAUAACUCUGCAUUGGAAAUUUUUGACUCAACAAUGACAAUCGCUCAAGAAUCUGUUUUUUACAAUAAUUCCAGAGUUAGUAUGAGUAAUAGUAUAAUGUCAAUUGAUCAAGUACUUAAUAUGAUGGAUUCAUCAUUAUUUGAAGUUGUAAAUUCAAUUGUUAAAGUUACCAAUUAUACUUCAUUCUCUGGAAAAUCCUCAUUUGUUGUUGCAAAUUCUGAAUUUUAUAUUCAAGGUCAAUAUUAUGAUUUUACUCAAAAUUUAAAUGGUUCAAAUAUUUUUAAUAAUUCAUUAUUAUCUGUGACUGGUUCAUUCAUUAACACUGGUAGUUUAUUUAUUUUCUAUUCAAAUGUUACAGUUGGUGGUGAAUUUAGAAACUAUGGAACAUUAGUAACAUCAACUAGUGAUUAUGUAAUUGAUGGUACAUUUACAAAUAAUGAAGGAGCAAAUUUUCUAAUUGAAUUUGGAUCAAUGAAAAUUGUUGAAGGUGAAAUGGUACUUGAAAAUAAUUCAAAUAUGACAACCUAUAAUACAUCAAUCACAAUUAUGAAAGGAUCUUUGAAAUUAAAUAGUGGUUCAUCAUUAUCACUUUUAAAUACUCAAUUAUUUAAUAGUUUUGGUGAAGUUACAACAUUGGGUGAUAUUAUCAUUAAUGAAGGUGGUAGUUUAAGAAAUGAUGCUCAUUUCAUUCUACAAUCAAAUGUAUUACCAAUUAAUAAUACUGGUGGCGAAUCAUUUAUAAACUCUGGUACUAUUGAAAUGUUUGGUGGUGAAAAUGGUAUUCAAGUUUUAGUUCCAUUUGUUAAUAAAGGUGGUAAUGUUAAAAUCUCCAAAGAAACUUCCAUCAAGACCUAUAAUCAAGAUGGUGGAUUAUUAGUUUUAGAUGAUGCUUUGGUUCACUCAGAUGAAACUAUUAAUUUAUCAAAUGGUUCUUUAUAUGGCAUUGGUACCAUUAAUUCCUCAUUAUCAGUAUCCGAUGGUAUUGUUGGUGAUAAAGCUAUCAUUGGUACAUUAAAUGUCAGUGGUGAAUUAAAUUCUGAAAAUGGUCAAUUCAUUUUCACUUUAGAUAGUUUAACCAAUUCAACAUUUAUUAAUAUUGGUAAAAAUGCAACAAUUAAUAAUUCAACAUUAAUAAUUAGAAUUAAUCAAUAUUUCAUUGAUAGUUUAUUAAAUCCAACACCAACACCAACAACUACAAAUUCAACAAAUUCAACUCAAGUAUUUAAUCAAACUUUAAUAAAUUAUGAAAAUUUAUCUGGUACUGGAUUUGGUGAAAUUAAAUUUGGUACCUAUGACCCAACAAGUGGAGAAGAGAAAUCAUUACCAUCAUGUUAUUCCGCAAGUAGUAGUAAUUCUGGUAAAAACUUUGGUUUAUUAAUUAGAAGUGAUGGUUGUGGAAAUGUUGGUGAUGGUAAUAAUGGUAAUGGUAAUGGUGGUAAUGGUGGUAAUGGUGGUAAAUCAAGUUUGUCAACUGGUGCAAUCGUUGGUAUUGUAGUUGGUAUUGCUGGUGGUGCUGCUAUUAUUGGUACUGUUAUUUACUUUAGAAAUCGUUUACCAACAACUCAAACUUUGAAAUAUAAAGUCAAACAAAUUACAAAAGCACAAGAAUCACAAUCAGAACUAAAACCAAGAUAA